AUGUUACGAGGUAUUUUACUAUCAACCAAAUUGAGAUGCACCAAUCAAUUUACGUUGCUGAGAAAUAUAAAAUUACACAGCAGUCAACCAAGUGAUCUAUUAAAAUCCCUUGCAACUCAAUCGGGCGAUGAAAUUGAUACCAAAUGGCGAGAGAAGAUUUUGUACAGUUCGUACAUCGAAAACAGUGCCCUGAAAAUGGGAUACAAGCAAAACAAAAUUAUAGAAUCGAAAAUUAAGCAUCAUGAAAAGAAUAGCAUAAAGAAAGCUUCGCAAGUUCAACCGUUUUCGAUGGCUUUGAAACAAAUGCACAAUGUCGAGUAUAGCGAAUUAUAUGGCGAUGAAAAUGCGGAAGUGAUCGAUGACAUCGAUCCGUCUCGAUCAGUAUACCAAAUGCCAUACAAAGAGCUUAGCCUUGCGGUGGAAAGAACUAAAGGUUCAGAAGCGGAACAAGACCGGAAACUGACGACUGGUGCAUGGAUGUCAGAUUAUGAAUAUUACGAUGAGGAUGAGCAAGAUGAGACCACCUCAUUCUAUGGUACGCCCGAUCCAAAAGAACCCGCCUCGAAAAUUCCUUGUGGAGGUUGCGGAGCUUUGCUGCACUGCAUAGAGCCAAGCAUCCCAGGAUAUUUACCCAGUCAGCUGUUCAAACGAAAAUCCAAGGAGCAGUUGAUGACCAGUAUUUGCCAACGAUGCCAUUUUUUGAAAAAUUAUAACAUAGCAGUAAAUGUAAUGGUUUCUGCUAAUGACUACAUCGAAAUGUUAUCGUCAAUCAAGGACAAAAAAGCCUUAGCGUUGUUGCUGGUGGAUGUCUUGGAUUUCCCAUGCUCAAUAUGGCCCGGACUUUCGGAAAUUUUGGGACCCCACAGGCCAGUCAUCGUCGUCGGCAAUAAGGUGGAUCUCAUACCGCAGGAUUGCCCUGGUUAUCUCGAAAACGUAAGAAACAGCUUGACCAAGAGCAUAAUAGAGUCGGGUUUUACGAGAAAUAAUAUCAAACACGUGUCGCUCAUAUCCGCCAGUACUGGGUAUGGUGUGGAAGAGCUUAUCACUAAAAUUCACAACAUUUGGGGCAGAAAGGGUGACGUGUACCUGGUCGGAUGCACGAACGUGGGGAAAAGCACACUGUUUAACACGUUGCUUCGCUCCGAUCUGUGCAAGGUGCAGGCGAUGGAUUUAGUCCAGCGGGCAACGGCUAGUCCUUGGCCGGGUACAACGAUUCGCAUGCUCAAAUUUCCCAUCCUACGUCCGUCGGAUUUUCGUCUUUUCCAACGCACGCAACGGCUGCUGCAGAUGCGCAACGAGCAACGUGCAAACCAGCAGCUUCGUCGGGAGCAAGCGAAGACAUCCGGUAACGUUAAGUAUGCUACACUGUUAGGCCAUAUCGGACGCACCUUCGAGAAGGAGAAACACGAAUCGAUGGAUCACUUUUCUGUGGCGCAGCGAACGGAAGCCCAAACCCCGAUACUCACGCUGAAUGAAAAUAACGAGAAGUACAUCAACAGCAAAUGGUGCUACGAUACGCCUGGCGUAGUUCAGCCAGAUCAGAUACUCGAUCUUCUCACCACGGAGGAGAUUCUGUUAACCACACCGAAACAAAUGAUUCGACCCAGAACGUACCUGAUGAAGAAAGGAAUGACAAUCUUUCUGGCCGGACUUGGUCGGUUGGAUUACGUUGACGGUCCGGAAUCUGUUCGCGUCAUUUUGUACGCAUCGCUCGCCCUUCCGACGCUCAUUUGCGAAACAACGGAGGCAGCUGCAUUGUAUAAGGAGCUACUUGGCACACAGUUGCUUGGCGUGCCGUUUGGGAGCAGCGAACGAAUAGAGAAGUUUCCUCCGCUCGAACCCGGACCGGACAUAAUCGUGCAGGGCACGAUGGAAAAGCACCAAACAGUCUGCGAUAUAUUGGUGUCCUCAGCCGGUUGGUUCGGCAUCAAUUUACCGAAGCAUAGUGAAGCUGUUUUUCGCGCCUGGACCCCUAAUAAAAGGGGUCUACACGUGCGUCAACCGCCACUGCUCCCCAACGGGAUGGCUUUGCGAGGGAAACGCAUCCGGGGAUCGUUAGCUUACCGUACGGGAGUAGCAUUCAAAACAAAGUGA